AUGAGCGCCACAGAAGAAACUGUCGAUCUCCAACUGGGGCAAGAUGAACAGGUUUCUAGAAAUUGGGAAGCUCUAUUUGACUUGCUCGAUCGUCCACAGAUUGCUCGCGAAGAUAACAAGGGCCUCAUUGAUCAGGUCAUUCUACAACUCUUGUACGGAUGGCUCGGGCGACGUGAUGAAUGCGGCGUCGUCAAAGACUUGGUUGAUGUGGCGCUCUUCAACGUAGCGGGAAACACGUUGGAUCAACUUUCAGGGGGAGACUUGGCCGAUUACUACGCUUCGGGGAAUUAUAACAGUACAGAUUCCGAUAAUUCCAUCGUUGCACCAGAAGAUGAACCGCCAGCGGCCACUGCUCGAUUGGGUUCCUCCUUCACAACAGAUCACGAUCAUAGUAAUCAUGACGAUGGUAAUCGAAGGUACUUGCAAUUCUUCACGGAUGAUACCUGCAGUCCCAUGCAAUCGACCGUCUUUCUUGGAAGUAUGCUGUCGUUCUCAUCAUGCGCCAACGUCGACAUUGGAAAGUUCUUUGGAACGGUUGAAGAGAACCUUGUCAAUGUGGCCCUGCACUGUGUGAAUACCUUCAUCCAGCCCUUUCAGAGAGAAAAGACAUGUGCCAGCAGAAAUUACCAGAACUACGUCAUGGAUCAAUGUGUGGAGGCCAUUUUGAAAGACGACAUCAUUGGCCAUAUCUUCCAACUCUUUCUGGUCACCCCCAAGCAAACCUGCGGGUGCAUGUCCGCUCUGGCAUCGGUGCCCACGUGCAGGAUUGAUAUCACAAGCUCUGUGUCAUUGGAUGGAUUGAUGGCAAGCAAGAUGGCAUGUGUGCUGGAAUCACAAGUAUGCUCCAGACUCGAAGAAGAUUGCGACGAACGUCUGGAUGUCCUCGAUGAGUGUCUACCCGACCUCUUUGAUCUCAAUAAUGAUAACUUUGACUGCGCCGAUACAAUGUGCAACUGCGAAAAGAAAGAUAGAGGACUCCUCAACUAUCCUGGAAAGGCAAUGGAGCUGCCAAUGUCCGACAUGUGCACAGACCACGCAGUAUCCAGCUUUGUUGGAAGUUUCAUUCCGGAACGGUACUCUGUCUUUCAGGAAAAGUGUGGUGCUUCGUUCAUUAAUCAAGAAGAUCCACCGCCGUCAGCGGCACCCAGCGUCUCUUUGGCACCGACGGCAGCGCCAACCUUCAUCGACCCUCUUGCUGUGAGCGAAAUUGAGCAACAAGAAGCAGGGGUAAACUCUGUUGUAUCGGGAAUCCUGCUGGCGCUUGCCAUCACAGGAAUCGCUUCUAUUUUCCUCGUCUUUGUUCUCAUCUUAUGGAGACGCCGAUUCCGAUCCAAGGGCAAGCAAGUCCUCACAGUUGCACAAAUGAAGGCACAAAAACAAGAUGAGAUCCGACGUUUGGAAGAAGAACUACGACGAAUCGAGGACAUGGAAGAGAUGCAGUACGAAGAGGCGGAUGCAAGCCAAAUACCCUCAGAUUUCUAA